AGAAAUGUCUUUAAAAUUACUAGCUAGUAGUUUUUCUAGAUCUUGUAGGGUUUCUAACAACAUUGGUUUACGUUUCGCUUCAUAUCAACCUUUGGGAGACGCAAAAUCAUUCCCAUUCAGUAAACAACUGCUGGUACCACACAUUGAACCAUCUUCUAUCCCACCAAAGGAUGCACCUUUGAACACCCUUGGUAGAUUCAACCAUCAACUCAAAUACAGCUCAGAAUCUAGUAAAUUUUACCCCUUAUUCAGCCGUAGAGGUCCAAUCAAAUCUAGAAUUCCACCAAGUUCAGUUAUAACUGUAACUUAUUACACAAACCCUGAAAAAACACAUACAGCAACUUUUGCAGGUGUUCUCAUCGGUAUUAGAAGACGCAACAAUGAUGUUACCAUUAGACUUAGAAACGUUAUCAUGAAACUCGGUGUUGAGCAAAUUUUCAGUCUUGGUAGUGGUUUAGUUAAGGACAUACAAGUUCUUAAGAGAGGUAAAAUGCACAGAUCAAAGAUUUACUGGGUUAGGAAUCAACCAAAGGCAUUACAGAAGAUGGCAAGUGGUAUCCAAUCACGUAAGAAGUAGGAUAGAUUAUAUAUAUAUACAUACAUACAUUUUCAACGUCUCUUUGUUGGUUGACCUUUUUGUUGUCUCUGUCUGAGUUUCUGCUGUCUCUUACUCUCGACUGGCUCUUCCGUGGUUUGUGAUGACAUUGCGUCACGCAUUUUACCAGCUGCUGGCAUAAUCCACGGGAGUGCAAAGCUAACAGCUUUAAACAAAGCAAAUGCAGGUACGAUAAUGAACAUCCACCAUAGAAUAGGUCCAAAGAAUCCAGUCAUGGCUAAACAAAUCCAGUUUAUAUAAACGACAUCCCAAAUAUGUUCUAUUAAUCCCCCUUCCGCGCUGAGGUCCUCUCCAGAAGACAGAAUCUGACCAUUGUCAGAGAAGACAGGUUUACCCCACUUAUUGAGAAGAAAAGAGCAGAUAGCACCAGGUAUAGUCAAUAUCAAUGCAGUAAUAGAAAAGUAUUUUCUUCCUAGCAAGUAAUUGCUUAUCGCAUGCAAGAGUAUAAAGCCGAGAUUACCAAAUUGCAAUAUACGUAUAGACUUUUGAUUACCAGCCGUAGUUUUCUUUUGAGACGCGUUCGCCAUCACUGUUUCUUAUAAACGAACGACAUGGUCAGAACACCAUCAUACCUCCCGACAACGCCAUGGAUUGAGCAGGCGCAGAGAUAUGGCAUACCACUCUCUAACACAGGAAAGCUCUUACAUGCGGCUAUGCCAAAUCGUAUGAAAGUUUCAACCAGUCAGAUAAUAGACAGGUUGUUAGCAACUGACGCGGGUAGAGACAAGAUCUUUAAAAUCAUCCAAUACGCAAUAAAACUGUUCUUAUGGCGUAGUAAGAGCAACCCAAAUCUUAGUAUUCAAGCCAAAGAUUGGCUUCCUUAUCUCAAGAACUGUGCGUCGGGUCUCUCGACGACAAGAAAGUGUCUCAUCUUAUUCGCAUGGAAGAGAACUAUACCUGACCUUUACCAGCUCUUAAAAGCACCAAAGCAACCUGCAGGAAACUUCCUCGACGCACUCAAGGGCCGUCUCACACUCAUUUCAGCAAUAGUACAAAUACCAAAUUCAAUAGCUGACGACUUUUUCUGUGCUUCAAAACUCGGAUUAGUGGGGUCUAAGACAGGGAAAUUAGCAGAGAAAUAUGGCGCAUUAUUUUGGUGGACUGAUACCUUUUUACAACUCAACAUUAGCGCAAUUAAUGAGAUUGUAACUAAUGGACAAAUUAGAAAGUUACAAUCAAGACAAGAUCAUUUACAACAAUGUCUCGAAGAUAUGUCAGAAGACAAAUUAUCAAACAAAGUAGAAUAUAGUUUGAGUGACGAGACACUCGGUGCAUUCUUACGCAUCGAUGCUGACAUCCGUAAAGCCGAAUCCACUCAGAUGUGGGCUAGAUUGUCUGCGCUCAAGUAUGUCUGUGACUUUAUAUUCGUCUCUUAUGACGUAUUCGGAUUCAAGAAAGGACAAGAAGGUACUCAAGCUAUCGUCGGUUUGACAGCAGGCCUUCUCAGUACGCUUAAAUUAUGGGAUAAGCAUUAUACUAGUCUUUCUAAAGUACCUGAUAUGUAAAUAUUGUAAUCUAUACCUUUUCACUUUUCUAUUGAUUGUCUAAUCAA